UACCGCAUACCGUACCGUACCGUGGCUUAUCCAUACCGUACCGUACCGUGGCUUAUCCAUACCGUACCGUACCGUACCGCCUUACUUCUUUUUUUUCCUAUACCGUACCGUACCGGGACGAGACGGUACGGUACGGUACGGUGCUGGUACCGCAUACCGUCGGUCUCUGAUUUAG